AUGGCGGGGCACAUUGACGGGGAGGCCCAGGUUGCUUCAGCGACUACUCAACCCACGAUUUGGUUCAGUAACAACAAUCGUUGCCCUCUUAAGCUAUGGGAAGGGGAUCAGAUCGAACGCUGCAAAAGCGGGUCACUUGCAGUCAUCGGGCCAGAGAAUGGCACAAGUGGCAUGGAGCUUGAGGAAAUGGAGAUACAAUUACAACUACCUUACAAAAUUAACGCCGCAGGAGCUCUCUCUUGGAAACGCCAACAGCAACCAGGAACUACACUCAAAAAGUGGAUAUACGAGAAUAUAAAACGGGGCAAUCUGAGUUUCCUAUCUAUACCGGUGGGCAUGGUACUCAGCCUUUGCACGGGAGUCGCCAUCACCACAACUUUGGCUGAGACAUGCCGCCGUUCUCUUGACGCACAGUUCCCGUUGUUCGAACGUACUUUGGGACGUGUGGUGGAGAUGCAAAAAGACCCCCUCGACUAUUUCCUCAGCCGUAACGCAGAAGGCAUGCUCAAGAUCUUUUUGACUAUGACGGAGGCGGAGAAAGCAGAUCUGAUCUCCGUCAUCUCAUCUGUAAUCCAUAAACUCCUCCCAACAGGUGUCUCUCAAGACGGCAAAUCGUUUUCCUUUCUCGACCCGACCUCUACCGGCCACAUGCCAGUAGGGAUAUCAUUUAGAAUGUCAGAUUCGCCAUUCUUGUCGAUCUUUAAAGAUACGGCAGAAAUAGCAGUGUUUGCCGUCGUAACACUCGAGUGCUUCGAAUUCGGUACCUUUAGAUGUCAAAACAACAGCCUUCUAACAAAUGCUGGGGGCAACCAUGGGUUACAAAAUAGCACUACCAUAAACCCACCCUCUGCUACCGCUAGACCGCAUCUUAGCUACCGAUGUAACGGUAUUCUCACGCGUGUCGUGCGGGCACAACAAGGGGGGGUGCCAUUUCAGUUAAACCCCCCCUUAAAACUCCAACCCGGCCAACGCUACAUUGUACCAUGGGUCUCUAAUGGAUUCUUUCAAGCCUGCGGCAACGGUUCUGAAUUAAAGUGGCAUCACGAAUGGACCAUGGCUACAUUAAUCCGGUUGAUAAAGUCAUACUUACCGUUAGACCCUCCAGUCCUACUGCGCCCAUGUGUGCUCAACAACCUAGAGGCGGUCGAACUCUUUCUCUGUUAG